AUACACAACAGUGUCUAAGUCCUUAUUUCAGCCACCAUGCAAAUCUUCGUGCCCGUGCUUCUUCUGGCCAUUGCGGCCGUCAUCUAUGGCCGGGUGGCCGAGCCUGUGAAUGUGCCGGAGGAAGAUGGCAUUGAUAGCUACCGCUGGAAAAAACCCGUUGGUGUCGCACUCGAGAAGAUCGGCAAGUGGCUACAGCGAAGGGGGCGGUUUUACACUGCCGAGGACGGUGACGGAAAUGAUGCUGAAGAUUUCAGCCCCAAGGACCUGAAGGAAAUUGGCGCUGUAUUGGGGAAACUGGCCUUCGCACUUGAGGAGGGCAAUACGCUGGAUGCCGCACUCGACGGCGACGAAGCUUCGGAGUACGGCAUCGGAAAAUGGGCCAAAAGGAUUCGUGGGUGGGCCAAGCAAGUUCCGCCCGCCAUCGGUGGAUAAAUUGAAAAUUGCAAUAUUACCAUUUAAGCAUACCCAAACCAUUGCAUUCUCAUGCCUUGAAAUAAAGAAUCGGUGUGUUUCUAUUUA